ACCAAAACUAACAUCAACACUGAGUCAAGUUAGCACACACUAAAGCUAGCUGCUUCCAACUCCAGCUAAGUCCUGAUAAACUACGACACUUACCUUCUUACUUACAGGUGGCUUUACUAGUAGGAUGUCAAAAAGUGAGACUGAGGAGAUGAUUGAGAUUGAAAUAGAUGGACACGAGAAGCAGGAAUGCUUAGAAGAAACAAUUGAGGAACAGACCAUCACAGCAGCUGAACUCAUCACUCAGGACAUUGAUAUUAAUGAGCCGAUUGGCAACUUGAAAAGGUUGUUGGAGCCCCGGCUGCAGAUUUCUCUAGAUGGAUAUGAUAUCUGUCUGCAGGACAUACAUUUACACACUGACCACAGUCUUUUUGACCAGGGUGUUAAAACAGAUGGCACCGUUCAGCUCAGUAUUCAGAUUGUCACAAGACCAGGUGAGGAGAAGUUAAACAUACUGGAGAUAGUGAAGCCAGUAGAGACGGUGGAGGUCGUGAUAGAUCCUGAUGCUGCUGCAGGAGAUGAAGCUCACCUUGUGGAGGAUGGACAGAUGAUAGCGGUGGAGCGCGCUGCCAUUGCAGAUGAGACUUCUGAACAGGUGACUCGAUGGGCAGCAGCACUGGAGGGUUACCGCAAAGAGCAAGUUCGACUCAGUAUUCCCUAUGACCCAGUACAGUGGACGGCAGAUCAGGUGAUCCACUGGGCUGUGUGGGUAAUGAAGGAGUUUAACAUAGAGGAGAUUGAGGUGGGAGGCAUCCACAUCCCAGGCCGUCAACUGUGCUCCUUCGGACAAGAGGAGUUCCUACAAAGAGUACCUAACGGAGAGAUUUUGUGGAGUCAUCUGGAGCUGCUGCGCAAAUAUGUUCUAGCGAGUCAGGAGCAGGGACAGGAGGCUACAGUAACAAUAGACCAGCCUGUGCAGAUUAUUCCUGCUUCUGUUCAACAAGUCACACCUGCAACCAUUAAGGUACAGAAGCAUAACAAAGUGCCCAGAGCUCCACGCAUCUCAGGAGAGGAACGCAGUUCCCCUGGCAACCGUACAGGUAAUAAUGGCCAAAUCCAGCUGUGGCAGUUCCUGCUGGAGCUGCUGACUGAUAAGGAUGCACGGGACUGCAUCUCGUGGGUCGGAGAGGAGGGCGAGUUCAAACUCAAUCAGCCAGAGCUGGUGGCUCAGAAAUGGGGUCAGAGGAAAAACAAGCCGACCAUGAACUAUGAGAAACUUAGCAGAGCCCUCAGGUACUACUAUGACGGGGACAUGAUCAGCAAAGUGCAGGGCAAACGCUUCGUCUAUAAGUUUGUGUGUGACUUGAGAACUCUGAUUGGCUACAGCGCCGCCGAGCUUAACAACCUUGUGACCGAGUGCGAGCAAAAAAAAAUGGCACGGGUGCAGCUGCACAGCAUCAGCCAACCCGUCAACACGGUCGCUUUGGCAACGGCCGCAGGACAGCCGAUCACCACCGUAACGCUGGCCGCUGCUGCCACGUUAGAGAAGGACAGCUGAGAGAGAGAAGCUUGGGAGACUUGAGGGAAAUGACAGAACAUGAGACUCUGAGCAGGACAAGUGCAUUUCUGAGCAGGUGUAUGUGUGUGUUUUAGGCGUGUGUACAUAUGGAUGAGUGGUGAGGGACAAUAUAGGAAGUUUCUCAAAUGUGAGUGUGUGUAAGAGAGUCAAAUUACUAAUGACCAUAUAUUGAAGCCUUUUGAAGUGUAUGUUACUCUGUCUGCAGGGUAGCAUCGGCUGCAUUUCCAUUGUAUAUACUCUAUGUUUUUGAUAGCCAUGAAGGCAGUGUAUUUUGAUAUUUUCCAUUUAUAAAGGAUCUUUUUCUUUUUUUUAAUUUUGAGGUUCUGACUCCCUCGGGGUGAGGUACUUUUUAUUGUCCACCAGGGGGAAAUAAAGAGAUCAUUUUUGAAUGAAUGACUGAUCACUCUUGUGUGGAAGAAUGGACUGUAUCACAGAGGGGCAGACAGCAUUUGUCUGGUUAGAUGUACUUGGUUAGAACCACAGGUUUUUUAAAUUAUAUUUUAUGCAUUUUCUCCCAAUUUAACGUAGUCAAUUUGUCUUCCGCUGCUGGGGAUUUUGCAGCUGAGGCAAUGCCGAGUUUCCAACCGAGGAGUUCAGAAUCUCGGUGCUGGUGUGCUAGUGGAAUAUCCCGCUGUGCCACCUGGGUGCCAGAACUAGAGCAUGUUUGCCCAGAGUUUUGCAGUUACAUUUAAAAAACAACGUGAUUAUCUGUGAUUGUUUAACCAGCCCUCUUUUUUUAUCUAUCCCAAUUCUAUUCAGUGUAUAAAAUAUAUAUGAGAAUUACAAUAAAAUAAAAUAACAAUAAAAUUA